AUGACUCAGGUUUACUUUGACGUUUCUGCUAACGGCACCAAGUUAGGUAAAAUUACCUUCAAGUUAUACAACGACGUUGUACCAAAGACUGCUGAAAAUUUCAGAGCUUUAUGUACUGGGGAAAAAGGUUUUGGAUAUGCUAAUUCCACUUUCCACAGAGUUAUUCCUCAAUUCAUGUUGCAAGGUGGUGAUUUCACCAGAGGUAAUGGAACUGGUGGCAAAUCCAUCUACGGUGAAAAGUUUGCUGAUGAAAAUUUCUCAAAAAAGCACGACAAACCUGGCUUGUUAUCAAUGGCUAAUGCUGGACCAAACACUAACGGAUCUCAAUUCUUCGUUACAACCGUUCCUUGCCCAUGGUUAGAUGGUAAGCACGUUGUUUUUGGGGAAGUAACUGACGGUUUUGAUGUUGUCAAGAAGAUCGAAUCUUACGGUUCAAGCUCUGGUGCUACUAAAGCAAGAAUUACAAUUGAUGCUUCUGGUGAAUUGUAA